AUGUCCCCUACUCUCCAUCUACGUACCCCAUUCCUUCUCCUCCGAAUCCCAAGUACUCCAUUUCUUCCUCCUUCGUAUUCACUUUCAAAACCACGACACGUAUCUUACUCUCUCUGGCCAUCCAAAACUCAUCUCCGUCCCCCACCUUCCAUCCCUCCCCCCAUGCCGGCCAUUUAUCCACAACGAAUCAUCUUAUCGGACGGAUCUACGUUUACAUCAUAUACCACCGCCCCUUCUCCUUCGACUGUAAGAUUGACUAGGGAUGUGACGAACAACCCUCUCUGGGCUCCUGGGAGCGAUGUCAGGGGAUCUGACGGUGGUGAGGAUACGAGAUUAGGGAGGUUUAAUAAAAGGUUCGGGAAGGAAGUUUCUAUGGAUGAGAAUGGUGAAAAGGGGGAAGGAGUUGGUGGAUAUGGAUUAGAGGAUAUGGAAUGGAUGUCAGAGGGGGUAGUACCGGAGCAAGUGUCGGAGAAAGCGGGUGCACAACCGGGUAAGAAGAAGAAAUAG